UCUGUCUAUUUAAAAAAUAAUUAAUUACCGUGCGCCGAAAACAGUCUAGCGCAGUCGCCGGCCACUCGUCGGCCGCCAGCACAGUAUGCAGGCAUCCUCUCAGACGUUGAUCACUGCACGCCAAUGUCGGUCGCAGCGCGCAGCGGUCGGUAGUCGCCCGUAGACGUAGAUGCGAACGCAAUCCUCUUCUGACCGCUCCAAGCCUACAGACAGCAGCACAAUCCUCUUCUAAUCGCCGGUUCACAUUGUCUGGCCGCGGACGCCGACACAGUCUGCUUCUAACCAUCGGAGAUCUCCGGGAGGGAGGGUAAAGUUGCGUUUUUGACCUGCGAUUCUGCGAAGUUGUUGAUCCUUUCUUUUUUAUUUAAUGGGAAAUUGAGUUUGAGGUUGUGCGGGUGAUCCGAUGCUCCUCUGGUCAAAUCUUGUGCAUCUCUUGAGCACAUGCCGCGACACCCAAACGCUGCUCCGAAUCCACGCCCGCAUGGCCGUCGAAGGCUGCUUGUCCCGUCCUCACUCUGCCGCCCACUUGAUCGCCGCCUAUGCUCGCCUCGGUGACGCCACCACCGCCGAGUCAGUCCUCCUCGCCGCCGCCUCCCUCCCCAACAUUUCCACCUGGAACGCCCUCAUCGUCGCGCACUCCCGGAGCGACUCCCCGCGCCAGGUCCUCCGCCUGUACCGCCUCUUAGUCUCCGCCAGCCACCCGCGGCCGGAUAGCUCCACGCUCACUGUCGCCCUUAAGGCUUGCGCGCAGUUAAUGGAUCUCAGAACCGGGCAAGAGAUUGUGGCCCAUUCUUCCCACCUUGGCUACAUCCACGACGUCUUUGUUUGUUCUUCGGUGCUCAAUUUGUAUAUGAAAUGCGGGAAGAUGAACCAUGCCGCGAAGUUGUUUGACGUAAUGCCUAAGAAGGAUCUCGUUUCUUGGACCACAAUGAUCACUGGGUUCGCAAAUGCAGGGAAUCCUGUCGUCGCAAUUGGGUUCUACAGGAGAAUGCUAGAGGAAGGUCUUGAGGGGGAUGGGAUUGUUAUGGUCAGCCUGUUACAGGCCUGUGCUGCUUUCGGCGACAUGGCGAUCGGCAAGUCGGUUCACGGGCAUAUAUUACGCCAUCACCUCCAAAUGAAUGUUGUCAUUGGCACUAGCCUUGUGGACAUGUAUGCAAAGAAUGGGUUCCUGAAACUAGCUCAGUUCGUCUUUGACAGGAUUUCUUGUAGAAAUGUUGUCUCAUGGAGCGCCUUGAUAUCAGGCUAUGCUCAAAAUGGUUUGGCCAGUGAGGCACUGCAGAUGCUGAUCAAAAUGCAGGAAUUUGGGUUGUGCCCUGACUCUGUUGCACUUGUGAGUGCUAUUUUGGCUUGUUCACAUAUUGGGUUUCUGAAGAUGGGCAAAUCAGUUCAUGGGUUUAUCGUGAGGAGGUUCGAGUUUGACCAGAUUUUGGGCACUGCAGUGAUUGACAUGUACUCCAAGUGUGGCUCCCUCAUGAGCGCUCACUCUGUGUUCGAUACGGUUUGCUCAAGAGACAUAAUAUCAUGGAAUGCAAUGAUCUCUAGCUACGGUGCACACGGCCAUGGGAAUGAGGCACUUUCAGUUUUCCUAGCAUUAUUGAAUCAAACCAAGUUAAAGCCUGAUCACGCGACUUUUGCCUCUCUCUUGUCUGCUUUUAGUCAUUCUGGUCUUGUGGAAGAAGGGCGGCACUGGUUCAAUCUCAUGACACAGGAGCACAACAUCGAGCCAAAUGAGAAGCACUAUGUUUGCAUAGUAGAUCUUCUAGCUCGUGCUGGUCGUGUUGAAGAAGCUUAUGAGCUCAUCCAAUCGAUGUCUGAUGGACCGGGAAUCGCCGUCUGGGUGGCACUUCUUUCUGGUUGUCAUAAUCACAAAAAGUUGGAGUUGGGCCAACAUGUAGCACAGAAGGUUAUCGAGUUAAAUCCUGAUGACUUGGGCAUAUAUUCUUUGGUCUCAAACACUUUUGCCGCUGCAAAGAAUUGGGAAAAGGUAGCAGAGGUAAGAAAAGCAAUGAAAACUAUGGGCAGAAGAAAAGUACCUGGAUACAGUUUAGUGGAGAUCAUGGGAAAACUUCAUGCUUUCCUAAUGGAGGAUAGAAGCCAUCCACAACAUGAAAAGAUCAUUGAUUUGUUGAAGAGGUUGGACUUUGAGAUGAAGAAAAUGGGUUACAUACCGAAGACUGAGUUUGUAUUCCAUGACUUGGAUGAGGAAGUGAAAGAGAAAAUGCUAGGCAACCACAGUGAGAGAUUGGCUAUUGCUUUUGGGUUGCUGAAUAGCAGUCCUGGCACAAGAAUUGUCAUCAUAAAGAAUUUAAGAAUAUGUGGAGAUUGCCAUGAAGCGAUAAAGUACAUUGCGAAAAUAGCAAACCGGGAGAUUGUUGUGAGGGAUGUGAAAAGGUUCCAUCAUUUUGAAAAUGGACUAUGCUCCUGCAAAGAUCACUGGUGAUUAAAUUCUGCGGCACUCGACAACUGACAAUAACUGCAAACCAGCCUGAUACUGUCUCCAAGAUUCAGGACAUUCACUUAAUCAAUGCAUAUGGAAGGUGAAAAGAAGAGGUAAAAGUGCAGUGUGAAAGUAAGAAAGGGAUGAAUGGCAGUGAAUGAAGUGGACAAUGCAAUUGCUAAACUUCUGACCACUGAUGUUUCAUGCAGAGGAGAGGAUGCUUCUGAGAAUGAGGAAAUGGAAGGCCAUAUCGAAAGGUUCGGCUGAUAGCCAGGGAUGCCAAAUUUCUCCUCGACAGUUGGAAGGAAAUAAACGUUCAUCGUAAUCUCAAAGCAACUAUUGGGGGGAUGAAUAUGCUACUCGGCCGACUUGGUAGUCUGGCGACACAAGGACUCGACAACCUACUCGGACAAUCGGAAGCCUGGCCAAAUUAGCCCUGCAGCUUAAAAUCAUUAGCUCAGAGCGACCUACUUCGAUCAGAUAUAUGCCGACUGGUGUGUCUGCUCAGGCGCUUUCACGUGUGGACGUUUGAGCGUUUGGUGGCGCAGCGAGUUGAAGUCCUCGGAGCGUUUGCAAAUGUACCGUCGCUACCUACUGCAAGGCCGAUUAUGUUGUCAUGGGACAGCUGAUGAAUCAUUGGUGAGACAGGAUUGGCCACCCAGCGCGAAGAGGACAAUACGACGUUACCAUCCCAACAACCACAACUUGUUCGACUUAAUUCCUCAAUCAAUGCUUGAAAUUCUAGACAUUCUUUUGGCACCAAGCCACAGCCUUUUUUGCAUUUUGUUUUAACCAGAAUGUACUCCUCAGCUCGCGCUGUAAAAUAGCGUCAAGUUUUGUG